AUGCAACCGUUGUAUCAAAUGACAACACGCUGGCGAUGGUUGCGGCUUCUGCUACACGGCGGUGCGGCCAAAGACCGGUUUAUUAGAUGUAAUGGUGAUAGUUCAAUUAGUCCGUGUGCGAUCGCGGUCGAGGUAGGAGCUCUCCCGUGGUAGUGGCCAUUUCCCAAAAGUUCACAUCUAGAGAGGUUUAGCCGUGCAAUAGUCCGUCUAGCGCAAAGAAAAACCGCGUGGCUAUUCUAGAUGGUCAUGGUUGACGAACGAACGCCACUAACGUCGGACCUUUCCGGUCCGCUUCCGCUGGCGUCGGGACCCUCCGGGACCGCCGUGCAUCAUCUGAAGUCACACGAAAGUGUUCGGGAGCGCCAGGUCCGAACGUUCCAGUGCUGGAUCUGUUCCGCAAUACUGGGUGCAUUUGCGCUGGCGAUCGUGAUCAGCAUUAGUUACAUCAUAUUCGGCGAUGCAACGCAACCACCGCUGGAUGGAGCGAACACGACGGCGGCGGAUUUUCCUGAGCUCUUAAAUCUCAUUAGUUUCCCGCUGGUCGAUGAGUCGUCACCCGAGUGGAACGGUACGGCGGUUAGCGACGAUGCCAAGGCGGCCGCCAUAGCGGAGGGUGAGAAGGCGCUGGGCGAUAAGGAGCUGCUGGAGGAGACGCUCUCGUCGCCCCCGCUUAACUCGCCCUCCUUCCGCCACCAAAAGUCCGUCGGUGCAACGAAAGCGGCCCGGCUGGCGGCGAAGGUCGGCUUCGUGGAGGAUCGUGCCACGCAGGCACUGGUGCGCUGGCUGGACAUCCGUCGUCGGGGCUCGAUCGGGCGCGGCCCACCGAUGGAUUUGCCGCGUGCGCACCGUCAACCGCGCUGCGACUUAAACGCGCGCUAUCGCACGGCCAACGGGACGUGCAACAGUAAGGAGCGACCGUACGAGUACGGCGUCGCGAUGAUACCGUUCCGGCGCCAGCUCAACCCGGACUAUGGCGAUGGCAUAUCGGCACCGCGUGCCUCCGUCGAUGGGGCGGAACUGCCCAGCGCCCGGCAGGUGUCGCUCGAAAUCCAUCGCCCAUCGUACCACAACGAUCCGAACUUUAGCGUGAUGCUGGCGGUGUGGGGCCAGUUUCUCGAUCACGACAUAACCUCCACCGCGCUGACCAGGGCGUGGACGGGAAGCUCGAUCGAGUGCUGCGAUCCGGGGCAGCCGCAACAUCCCGAGUGCUUUCCCGUGCCGCUCGGUCCGGGCGAUCCGUACUACACCCAGUACAACGUGACCUGCAUGAACUUUGUGCGCUCGGUGCCGGCCCCGACCGGUCACUUCGGUCCGCGGCAGCAGCUGAACCAGGCGACCGCCUUCAUCGACGGCUCGGUCGUGUACGGCUCGGACGACGAGCGUAUGGGCGCGCUGCGCACGGGCGCCGGCGGCCAGCUGCGUAUGCUGCGCACGCCGGACGGUCGCGAUCUGCUGCCCGUGUCGACCGAUCCGCUCGACGGGUGCAACGAGCAGGAGAUGAAUGCGGCCGGCAAGUACUGCUUCGAGUCGGGCGAUGCGCGGGCGAACGAGAAUCUGCAUCUCACCUCGAUGCAUCUGAUCUGGGCCCGGCACCACAACAGCCUUGCCCGCGGGCUGGCCCGCGCAAACCCGCACUGGGACGACGAGCGGCUGUUCCAGGAGGCGCGCCGCAUCCUGGCCGCCCAGAUGCAGCACAUCACGUACGCCGAGUUUGUGCCGGUGAUCGUCGGCAACGAGACGGCCGGCCGGAUGGGCCUGCUGCCCGCAUCGGCCGGUGGCGACCGGGCCGGCGACACGUACAACGCCACGGUGGACGCGUCGAUCGCGAACGUGUUUGCCGGGGCCGCGUUCCGCUUCGCCCACACGCUGCUGCCUGGGUUGAUGAAGCAAACGCGCAACCCGGCCGCGUCCGCCUCGGGCAUCGAGCUGCACCGGAUGCUGUUCAACCCGUACUCGCUGUACGCGCGCGACGGGCUGGACAAUGCGCUGGGCGGUGCGAUCGGUACGGCGCUGGCCAAGUACGACCAGUACUUCUCCACCGAGCUGACCGAGCGGCUGUUCGAGAAGGCGGACGAGCAUCUGCUGCACGGCCAGCCGUGCGGGUUGGAUCUGGUGUCGCUCAACAUACAGCGCGGCCGGGACCAUGGGCUGCCGGCGUACCCGCGCUGGCGCAAGCACUGCCACCUGACGCCGGCCGACAGCUGGGAGGAGCUGGAGCGCAUCGUCGAUCCGGAAUCGUACCGGCAGAUGAGGCGCAUCUACCGCGAGCCGGCCAACGUGGACGUUUACUCGGGCGCGCUCAGUGAAGCGCCGGUGCGCGAUGGGAUCGUCGGGCCGCUGCUGACGUGCCUGAUCGGCGAUCAGUUUCUGCGGCUGAAGCAGGGCGACUCGUUCUGGUACGAGAGACGGCGGGGGCCGCAACGGUUCACCGAAGCACAAUUGCAGCAAAUUUACAACACCAAGCUGUCGAGCGUUAUUUGUCGCAAUUCGGACCACAUUGAGCAGUCGCCCGUGUAUCUGAUGAAGCGUACCGAUUCCCGCACGAACCCGGAAACGGACUGCAAGCAGCUGGACACGUUUGAUUUCGAGCCGUUCCGAGAGGACGCCGAACAGCCGCAGCGCAAUCGGCCGGCCAAAAUUGCGACCGAACGCAUGAAGGUGCUGGUGUUCGAACCGAAGGCAACCGGAACCACCACCGAGCACGCGGUCGGGGCGGAAGUGCAGGACGAGGAGGAGGGAGAGCGCCAAGCGGCCAGCACGACGACGGUGGCAACGACAACGGAUGCGACGACGACGACGACGACGACAAGGAUGACCACGAUGAACGAGGCUGUAGGAGCAUGAUUUAGGGAAUCAAAAGCGCACGUGGUCGAAUCGUACACAACGCAAGGACAACGUACGUCGCAGCUUCGUCGCAAAUUAAUUUCAUGAAAGCCAGAAAAGUUCUACAAUUUUCAGAACUAAACCAUACAUUGUUCAGUUUAGCUAAGUGCAAUAAGUAACAUCACCAAUCAAUCAAUCAAACACCAUUUUGACAAUCUUUUAAAUAAAACAAACAUAAAACUACUGAACGCUUA